AUGACGUCGAGAACCAACAGCAGUCAGGUGAAGGUCGUGUUGGAGUCCUCCGAAGGAAAUGUAGAGCUGAUUUUUGAUGGGAGAAACACUGACAAGUUCAACUGGUUCUCCAAGUCUCGUCUGCUCUCAUCUCCUUGGAAGGACAUCAGCACCGAGCCUCAAAACUUCUUCUCGAUCGAAGGAACCCCACAUGAGAAAAGGUCUUUUCACAUCAAUCGCAACUGGGGUGGUUGCCCCCAAGACGCAUGUUGGCUUGCGGUGGCCGACGGCGGUCCACUCGGCUAUUGUGAAUGGGAGCGAGCUCCGGAAGAUCAGCUGCCUUACAUCCGCUUUUCUAAAACUACAGUCUACGCUAACUACAACGGGGGUAAUAUUGCAACGGCUGAUCGGAUGGUCAUCUACAUCGACACGCCCGGAAACAACGUGCUGUGCUCCUGUCCUGCUGGACAAUCUCUUAGUGAAGAUGGCACCCGGUGUGACGUGAGUCCUGUCACAGAGGAUCAGCUGCGGACACUAGUGUCUAGGUACGCACCUAAAGUGUGGCUGGCGAAAGGCGAGAAGUACAACCCUUCCAGCAUCGACUUUCAUCUUCAGCAUGUCAAAGUGUACGAUGGUCGCAGGGUAUACUCCAGCACGCCCUCUACCCUUCCCACUUGUACCGAGACGUGUUACAUGAGCACCGUCCAACCCCUGCCGCAUGCCGAAGCCACGCUGCCUUUCUUCAGUGGAGAGCAGAUCGGGCCCACCAGGCAGCCUCCCGUGUACGCUGUUGUAAAGAGGGUCAAUGCGAUCACUACAGACAUCUUCUACUGGAUGUUCUUCCCGUACAACUUGGGAAAGAAAGUUUGCGUCGGCGACAAGAUUUUUGGUUGCAUCGGCAAGAACCAGACUUUGGCGCAUCGCGUGAGUGACUGGGAACACAUGACUAUUCGUCUGGUGGGCAAAACUCCAAGCAGCAUCUAUGUUGAUUCUGCAGAAACAUCUUCAGGUAUAUACAACUGGCACGGCACAUCGCAGACUUACAGGAAGGGUGAAGAUGUUGUACUGACUGAGGGGACACAUCCCAUUUUGUAUUCAGCUUACGGCAAUCACAAGCUGUGGCCCAGCUCUGCCACUCGCACAUUCAUGGCUCGCCUAAUCAAAACACUGAAGGACGAGACCAGUGCAGGUACGGCAUGGGACACGUGGAAGAACGUGCGCUUCACCAUGUACCAGCCAGACGGAGGUUACACCGGGAACUGGACAUGGAUGAACUUCAAGGGACUCUGGGGUAACAAAGAGGUAAACUGGGGUUGA